UUUAGAUAAGGUGUAUGCCAACAAGGGUGCCGAAGUUGGGUGACGUUAAUACAAGGUAUUCAUGUACACAGCACUACUGGGCGUGUUGUUGCUGGUCUUCCCCGUCUCAACAAAGGAGCUUCUGACAAAUGGCGGAUUCGAAGAUUCCUCACACUGGCAUUGCACGCAUAUCCACUGUACACUGUCUCCUGAUAGUGUCGCAGGACAACACUCCUUGCGUGUGUCACAAAGACACCACGACACCGAAGGUCCAGCGCAGGAUCUGACCACGGUCAAGCGAGGUGGACGUUACACCGCAAGCGUCUAUGUGAAACUCAUGAACGACGAAGCUCAUGUGCUGGGACAAUCAGCCAUGUUCAAUAUUCAGUUUGUUUUCAAAGACAAGACUUCCGACAUGUACCUACCCAUGGCCCACAUGCCUCUAGUAAGGGCAUCAGAUGGUUGGGUUCAUCUUGUCGGAGACUUUGUUGUUCCAGAAAAAGAUAUUCAGUUGUCAAGAGUGAAAAUAUUCGGGCCACACCCGUCGGUUGACUAUCUGGUUGACAGCGCGACGGUGACGGAACUUCCUCCUUUAGACCCACAUUGGAAGGACGGAACCUACCGCGUCAUACAGGCGGUCAGAAAGUCUAACAUACACCUGAGCAUAACUCUGGAAAACGGUCUUGAUCCUCAAAAAGUUACAAUAAAGAUAGAUCAGCUGAAGCAUGGCUUUCCGUUUGGUACUGCUGUAAACUCCAACCUGUACCUGCACGGCACCGAACCUCGUUACAACGACUUCAUCAACAAGCAUUUCAACUGGGCAGUGCUUGAGAAUAACCUGAAAUGGAAGGCAAAUGCACCUCGGGCGAACACGUCCUUUUAUGACAGUGCUGUGGACACGAUAAAGGAACUUCGAUCGCAUGGGAUAAAGGUCAGAGGUCACUGCCUCGUGUGGUCAUCGGAAACCUUUUUACCGACCUGGGUUCGAACUCUCAGGGGUGAUGAUUUAAGACGGGCUGUCAUUCACAGAAUAGACGAGGCGAUGAAGAGGACACACGGAUUGGUGGAACACUGGGAUGUAAACAACGAGAACCUACACGGGCAGUGGUUCCAGGAGGUCCUCCAAGACAGGGAUUACAACCUGGAACUGUUCAGGAUAGCCCACCAGGCGGACCCCGGCGUCAAGCUCUUCCUGAACGACAACAAGGUGGUUGCACGUGGAGCCAAUGUACAGGCGUACCUGGCACAGGCUACAGAGUUCAAGAACGCACAUGUGGGACUCUACGGUAUCGGCGCACAGACUCACUUCCGGGAUAUGACGGCCCCAGAUCCUUAUUUGAUAAAGAAUCACCUUGAUACGCUGGCUAAAACCGGACUUCCAAUCUGGAUAACCGAGUUGGAUUUGUAUCACCCGGAUGAGAAGACGCGAGCUGAUUGGUACGAGACCGCUCUGAGGUCAAUGUUCGGCCACCCGGCUGUUGAGGGUAUCAUGAUCUGGGGCUUCUGGUCCAAGAAACAAUGGCGCGGUGAGCCAGCAUCAUUGGUCAGUGGAGACAAUUUUAGGAUUAAUUCGGCGGGACAGCGAUUUCUACACCUACUGGAACACGACUGGAUGACUCACGCUGAACGGAAUGUGACUGACACGGGUACCCAGUUCUCUGUCCAUGGUUUCCAUGGUGAUUAUGACGUCACAGUCUUGUAUAAUGGACACGAGGUUCACCAGGCGAGACAGACUUUCACGCUUGGAAAGAACGACACACACAUCAAUAUACAUGUUCCCAAACUCGGAGCUAAUAUCAUAGGAUGAGCAUAAAGGACCAUUUAGAAAAAAAAGUGGAUGCAUUGAUGUGAUUAUGUUGGUUAUAUUAAUAUUAAUGAAUAACGAAUAAUGACAAUUUAAUAUAUAUUUAAUAUAAUAAUAUAUUUAAUAUAAAUAUUUAUAUAUAUAUCUAUAAAUUAAAAAAAUUAUGUGAAGUUUACACGAUAUAGAGUUUUUCCAUUGGAAGAGAGGUCGGUCACAUAACCGCGAAAUUGUCGUUGAUAAGUGCAUGAACGACACAAUUUGACGUUCAUGCGUUUUUUCUGUUCAGAGUUGCGUCCCCUGGGCAAGUCAGAAACCUAUAAUUGUGGGU